AGCGGCCAGACAACUGAGUCUUAAUAAUCGGGUUCAGUUGGUACUUUUCGAGUACGUAACCUUGCAAAUAGAUAUUUUAUCUUUGUGACUACUUGCUUCCGAGUAAAUAGUUAAAGUUCUCGAACAUCGAAAUAAUAAUACAAGGAGACGGUACAAAACCUUAUAAUUUUGCUACUAAGUUGUGACAGUAACACUGGACCACUGUCAGUUAUCAGAUUGACAAUACUGACAGUGACAAUCUUAUCAUAUUGCUGCAAGCAAGCCGCAAUUCGCAAAUCAAAGCAACAACAAAUGAGUUAAAGUAUUUGUUGUUUUUUGAAUAAGAUGAUUGUAAUAAUAAUAACUUACCCAUAGAAUUUCGUGAGUCGUGAUGAAUGACAUUCCAGAAAGCCAACAAAGAAUGAGCAACAACAAUAGGCGGCAGCUUGUAUCUUAUGAGCAAAUAACGGCGAUCAUAGAUUUUAUGGCCCAACAUGUAGACUUUGCAUCUGGUAACUUCAGGUCAACUGAAGCCAGGCAUGAAUCAAAAAAGCUGUGGGAGGAAAUAGGCAAGGUGUUGAAUAACUGCAAAGGUGGCACAAGGAAGACGCCUUAUGCCUGGAGUAAGUAUUGGAGUGACUUCAAAGCUAAAUUAAAAAAUAAAAUGUUGCUGCUUAAGAGACAGCAGUCUGGAGUUAGUGCUAAGGGUACAUCUCUCACCACAUUGGAGAAGAGAGCAAUCUCUAUAUUAGGACCAGGAUUUGAAAAAAAAGUUGAUCAUCAUUACACAAGGAAACCGAGAAGUAUCAAAAGGGAUGUAGUCAAAGUAGAAAGACUGCCAGAUCCAAUUCAUGUGGUGAAUAGCAAUUGGAAAUCUCAUAGUGAGUCCAGUGGCAGGGCAUCAGUUGAUGAUGACCAGAGUAAUGAUAGUGCAGCCUCUUCAGACACAGAAAUGAAUAAAGAUGAUGAUGAAGAUAAUAAUGAACGGAUUGCAAUGUAUCCACAAUGGCUGAUAAAUGUCGAACGAAAGCGCGCCGAAGCUGAACUAAUUAGGGCAAAAGCUGAGGAGCAGCGAGCCUCUGUUUCAGCACAGAAUGCUGAGGCAGCACUACUGCAGGCAGAUGCGUUAAGACAGCUAGCUGAAGCUGCUAGGAUACAGGCUGAGGCCAUCACAAGGAUAGCUGUUGCACUAGAAAGCAGAGGGGAAAGGAAUCUGUUGGAGAUAUGAUAAAGAUAAGCAUUGAUCUUUAGCUACUGUGUAGCAAUGUUCAAAAUAGAUUGUAACCAUAACACCUCAUUUCUGCUAUUUGUUUUAUCUAGCCCUUAGCUACGUGGAAGAUAUUGAACCAGGAAUUGCUACGAACUUAUAUUGCAUAAUUUGAAGAAGAGCAAAUAUGGUUAGCUAUCAUUGUAAUUGAUUUGAGUUAAUAUGAGUGCAGAGGUAAUGUGUUCUGAAAUAUUUAUACAACUAGUUUUAUAUAGAUGGAUUUGUUUAGUUCAUGCUGUAAGAAUGUGCAACACAGUGAUUGUAAACUUGAAUAUCAUUAUAAAGAGGUGGAUAUAUGAGGUGAAUAAAAUAAAAUACAUAAGUAGGAUA